ACUUUCUCCAAACCAAAGGAUGUCUUGGGAUCCGUACUGACAGUGUAUGGGAGUUCACAGGUUGUGAUCUACGGCCAUCUCUGGUCACUACUGUCCAUUUGAUGGUCCUAGAGUUGUCAUAAGGAACAUAAAUAUAUAACUCUGGUCAUUUCUUGUUAUUACCUUAAUACCUAGGAUAAACAAAUUUUUGAUUACAGAUUUUUCGAAAUGCCUAAAUGAAAUGAUGAAGAAACUGCGAUUUUUGUGCUGGUGUGGCUAUCGCGUGUGUUGGAUUGUUAUAACCCUGUCCAUGUGUAUGUAUAUACACACUCUUUGGCAGUACUUAGGAAAUUUUCGUAUUGAAGGUUCGCUCUCAAAAAGUGGGAUUCUGGAACAACGUAUAGUGCAGUGGGAGAAUAGGAAGCCAAAGAAAGCUUGGUUGAUGAUUGGUAUUCCUACAGUAUGUCGUAAGAAUAAGAAUUACCUGAGUUCUACCUUGACGUCCCUUAUCAAUAACAUGCAAGGAGACAAUGGGGUCACGAUUGUCGUAUGCAUAUGUGAUACACGCAAGGCGUGUAGGGAAAACAUUAAAACUAACUUAACAAGAAUGUUUCUCCCACAUGUAAAACGUGGACUAAUAACAAUGAUAGAAACACCGGAAGAUUUGUAUGCCCCUCUGACGCAUCUAAAAGCAACCUUCAAUGAUUCAGAGACGAGGGUCCGAUGGCGCUCUAAACAGAAUUUGGAUUACUCUUUCUUAAUGCAACAUUGUGCCAAUAGGUCGCAGUACUACUUACACCUAGAGGAUGACGUCAUCACAGUUCCCAAGUUUAUUUCUAAAAUAAAAGAGUACAUGCAUAAAUCUAAAUAUUGGACAAUGCUAGAAUUUUCAAGUCAGGGAUUCAUUGGAAAACUCUUCAAAGCAAAUGAUUUAGGAAAACUGGCAUGUUUACUCAGAACGUUCUAUAACGAACAACCCUGUGAUUAUUUAAUUUUUUACUUUUUAAAACUCAUGUUACAAGGGAGUCGAUUCAUAAGAAUUCCUUCACUCUUUCAACAUAGAGGAUAUUUUUCUUCUAUGCCAAAUUUGGUAAGAAAUUCCACUGUAUCCUAUUCCCAUUUUCCGUCUUUCAAGAAACGUUACCAUGGAGAUAACCCCGAAGCAGAUAUAUUUACGUCACUUUCUGCAUGGAUGUCGUUCAAGCCCGAAUUUGCGUAUUCUACAUCUGACAAUGAAAUGUUUUGGUCCACUACUCCACGAAUUGGAGACCACUAUACUAUAGUUUUCAAAUCACCACAGAGCCUCGCACGUGUAGUUGUGCUCACUGGAAAAAGCAUACAAAAGGCUGAUUAUCUUCAUUCUGGAAUUCUAGAAUUCGGUACAAAUGUGAAAUCAAUUUCUAAGAAAAACGUCGCUUGUUCAAAUCUCAGUUUUGUAGGUAAUUUUAUUCAAGGCAAAAUUAACGUCGAUGUGUCAAAUUCAAAACAACCCACCAAGUGUCUGAAAAUAACAGUCACAAAGGGACAAGCAACCUGGCUCAUAAUUAGAGAAAUUGCUGUAUAUACAAAUAAUAAAAAGGAAAAACACUGAGAUUUUCAGAUCCACUUUUAUUAAUUAGGUAGUGAAUGAUAUUUGAAAUGUAGUCUAAGUUCUUGAUAAAGAAACUUUUCUGCUCAUUAUAAUUUAUAGCUAGAUUAUUGUUACAAAGACUCUUAAGA